ACUUGUCCCUUUGUUGGGUGUUUGUAUCGGGAAGUAAAUCCGACAUGGUCCAUGAGGAUCUGGCGACCCGUCUGAACGACAGGGAGUAUAAGAACUGGCUGAAGGCUGGACGGUGUCUGCUCAUCCUCAAGGAUGGGCUGCAUCCCUUCAUCGCCCGCAACAUGAGAGCUUUCCACGGAGAUCUGCUCAAUAAAAACCCUCUGCUACGGAAACCAUGUCAGACUUCAUGCAGACCCAGAGGGAAUAAGCUUUCCUCACCCUGCCAGGUGUGUUCAAAGUGGCAGAUAGAGAUCCUGAGUCACCACAGACAGCCGGGCGCCACAGUGAACUGGGACAACUGUUUCCCUCCCAACUGGAGGACUGAUCACUGGGAACUGGCCAAGGCCUACAUGCCACGAGGUCAGGGGAAACUGAAGAGUGCAGAUCAAUGUGAUGCCUCAGCUCUGCUCAACCUAAUCAACUACUGCGACUGUUUCUGCUACGGGGAUCCAAAAUUUGUGAGAGAGGUCAUCCGUUUUAGGAACGACUUGAUGCACUCCUGUGAGUUGCGUGUGACGGACGAAUGGAUGAGGCGGUACCAGACCGCAGUGAAAAAUCUUGUGCAGCAGUUGAGCCACAUCCCAGAGAUGGCAACAGUUGGACGACAGAUUGAGGAGAUGCUGACCGUUGAUUUGUCAAUAUGUGUCUCUGGUUUGGACCGAAUUGACUCUGCUGGCCUGGAUGGAUUAGAGUCGGAUUCUGUCAGCCAAUGGGAGACGAGCGCCGACUUAAUCAGCCAAUGGGAGACUGAGCUACUAAGAGAGAGUCUGCAGGAGUUACUGCAUGGUGCUGAUGAUGAUACAAAGACGCAGGAUGCUGAGCAGCUGAAGAGGCUGGGUGGUUUCCUGCAGGCCAACAGAGAUCUGGGCGAGAGGUUUUCUGCAGAGCUUCAAGCCAUCAACUCACUGGAGGCCAGAAACUAAGGAGGAGGAGGUGUAACCACAUCACAUCCAACGAUUAAGGAGUGGCAUGUCGAUGAGUGUGGACUGGAUUUAUUACCCAUCUUACCGGAGCCUGUGGAGAUUGUGCAUCCAGACAACCAGCACCUAAAGGUUCCCUCAUCGUCACUGUGGUCACACGUUUGGUGUUAAGUAAACCAACACCUCUUUUAUUUUGUUAGCACAAAAUAAAAUCAGAAGGUUUGGUGA